UCCGUAGGCAGUACAUAUGGCCCUCGGGGAUCAUGUUGAAGGUGACAGGUAGAGUCAUGCCGGGAGCCUGGGCUAUCCUGCCGUUCACCGUGUUCGCGGAUAACGGUGUCUCUAAGGGAGAGCCAGAAGCUUCUCCCCCGGUAACCCUGGAGGAGCUCUCCCUCUACACCUCCCCUCCUCCUCCGCAGACUCCCCGGCACGCGGAGCGGGAAGCGGGUCAGCUGGAGGAGACCGUCGCCACCGUCAGGAAGUUAGCUGAGCCCUACACGACUUGGUGCCAAGGAACUUACGGUGUAAUUCAACCCAAAGUUCAGAAGGCGGUCCGGUUCGGGAACGAAGCCUACGUGUACCUCCAGAACCCUCCCAAGGACUUCUACCCACGGGCGGGAAUUAUCGCUUUCGCCGGAGUCGUUGGGCUUUUUCUCGCCAGAGGAUCCAGGAUUAAGAAAGUCUUGUACCCGGCGGGCUUAAUGACCCUGGGGGCGUCGCUGUACUACCCGGAGCAGGCUGCGGCCAUCGCCAAGUCCACCGGAGAAUCUGUGUACGACACCGCGGUGCAGAGCUACGCUGCUGUGGAGAAGAUCCUCAGGUCCCAAAGCAAAGAGAAGAAGAGUAAAGACUGAGGAUUCAAACCAGCAGCUCCAUUCCCUGAUCCUUCUGGAUGAAUACUGAAAGAUGACUUUAAUGCUCACUCUUUGCACUAUGCUUGACUUGGAACUCAGGAUUUCCCAGCUUUAAAAAUUAAAAUACCUCUGCUUCUGAUGCAAAUGUAUAUUUAAGUAGAAUAAAAUAACCAGCUUGGUUUAGAAUAAAAAUCAGGUUUGGA